AUGUGGCCCAGUGCACACCAAGCAGGAGAGGCGGACGAUCUCCCGACCUGGAAGUGCCUACAAGCAGCCACCGCCAUACACAUGUCCCAGGCAUCACCCCCUCCUUGGACCGAUGGGGAUGAUCCCAGUCCACCCCAGGAAGGUGACCUAAACCAUGCAGGAGCACAGGUUGAAGCUUUUCAAACUGGCAGUAUCCACCGUGAUUCCCUUGACAUGGCGGAGGUUGCAUGUUUUCCUACCCCAAGCAAUGAACCGCUUGAGCUCAGAUCCAAGCUGGACAGACUCUUUGAUCAUUUCUGGAAUGCAGUAUGUGCCAACAUGCCUCACUACAAUCGAGUGAAUACUGGCAUUGACAGCCAGCAUUAA